ACCCACUGACGUCGUAGCCCUGCGACAUUUUCAAAAUGGCGUAAUCUGAACAAAAACAAUGUGGUGCUGAAAAUAUAGGUGGGAAACGAGAGGAUUUCGUUUCAUUCACCGCACCGACAACUUUAAAUCCUGCCACACUAUGACGGUGUGCAACUUUUGGAUGCAAGGCCGGUGUCGAUAUGGCGACAAGUGUUGGAAUGAGCACCCAAAAGCAGGCGGUGGCGGCUACGGUGGAGAGUACAACAGCCGUCCCCCUCAACAGUCCAACAGAGGCGGGGGAGGAGGGUUUGGGAACAGAGUGUGGGUGAACCCAGCUCAGAGGUCUGGAGGAGGAAACUACGUCCAGCCGUCAUCCUUCUCCUCCCAGCAGGGUGGGGAUGACUGGGGCAGAGGGGGAGGAAGAGGAGGAGGGGGAGGUGGUGGUGGUAACAACUGGGGUCCAGGAGGAGGAGGAAGGGACAGCCAAGCCCAGAGCUCCAACUUCAGUUUCGCAGCCUCCUCUCCAAACCAAAACAGAUUUUCUGCCUUAAACACUCAAAGCAGCUUCGACAAAGGUGGGAGAGGAGAAGGGGAAGACAAUGAAAAACACUUGGAGACCAUCCAGAAAGACAUGGAGAUCUGGGAGACUUCAGGACAGUGGCUUUUCUCCUGUUAUUCUGUCCUCAAAGCAACCAUCUCAGGGUUUACAGAGCUCUCAGAGGAGCUGAGACUGGAGUACUACAACACCAAGCCAACAGGAGACCUGCAGGGAUAAUGUGAGUUAACGUCAUCAAUCAGCUGUCAACAAUGGAGAAGCAGAGUCCAGGAACUGAGGGCUAUGAGCGGCAACACCAGAGUCGCUAUGCUUGCAGAGCUGGACAACCCAGCACCACAGGCAGCGUCUGGAGGUUUUGGGUCGGCACCAGUGACUGGCUUUGGGUCCUCGGCACCAUCUGGCUUUGGAACGGGUUUCGGAGUGCCGGCCCAGGCAGUCCAGGACACCACAGGGGCCAGUAAUUUCAGCUUUGCUGGACCAGGUGCAGCUUCUGGUUUCGGUAGUCCUGCAGGCAGCCGUCGCACCACCCCCACUGGGAUUGGCUCUAUGGCCACCACUGUUCCGUCGGGCAACAGGUUUCUCCUUUUCCACCCCUGCUGCAACAAGGAGCCACACACCGGUUUCGGAGCUCCUGCCUCUGCGUCCGGGUUUAGCUUCGCCUCGACGACCACUGGUGGAGGAGGAGCAUUGGAGGGAGUGGUUUCGGGAGUCACGCCAGUGGCUGCAAGUGGUUUUGGACAGGCGAGUGGAGGGUUCGGGGUUAUGGCCCCAGCAGACAGUCUCUUCACCCCCCAGAGCCAGCUGAGUGACGAGGAGCUGAAGGAGUUUGGAGGGAAGAGGUUCACCCUGGGACAGAUACCACUCAAACCCCCCCUGUUUAAUAUGCUGGUGGUCUGAUCCCACCAUGGAACCACUCAAACCCCCCCUGUUAAUAUGCAGGUUGUCUGAUCCCACCAUGGAACCACUCAACCCCCCCCCUGUUAAUAUGCAGG